AUGGGCCUUGUGAACAGUCUUGCUGUGGUCAUGUCUGCUUUUGCAACCACGGACGUCUUCAUGUUCUUCACUUCACUGGCGGCAGGGUCGACGGUGGGUAGCCAGAUCAUGAUCACCUACUCCAUCAUCUCUCACUACUUCACAAAACGGAGAGACAUCGCUAAUACCAUCAUGGUCCUUGGAUCAUCAGCCAAUCUGCUGGUGAUUCCCUAUUUUUUCACGUACCUCCAUGAUGAAUAUGGCUUCAGAGGUGCAAUUCUCAUCACUGGCGGUGCCUGUCUCAACCAGAUUCCAGCAAGCAUGGUCUUUCAUCCUGUGGAAUGGCACUCCAGAAACCAUGUCCACCGCGCCAGCAUCCAAGAAUCUGAGGACAGUAAAUCUGACCACUUACCAGUUGUAUUUAUAUUAAGUUAUAUACCUUUUGUGAUGCAGACAACAGGAUACACUCUAGAGGAUGCAGCAUACUGCUUGACAAUGCUGGGCGUGUUUCACUUCCUGACAAGACUGAUCCAUCCGUGUCUCUCCUCGACCUGCGGUGGGAGCAAUUUCCCCAUCAUGGCUACCGCCUAUGGCGCAAUCCCUAUCGCACUCCCACAAGCCAGCACUGAGAUGGAGUAG